AUGACAAAUGAAGACGAAGCAACCAACUAUCCAACUGAAUUCUUAAACUCAUUGGAUCUGCCAGGCUUACCACCGUACAAUUUACAAUUGAAGGUUGGCUCCGUAAUUAUCAUGCUUCGAAAUCUUAACCAACCAAGACUAUGUAACGGAACGCGUUUGUUGGUGAGAAAACUCAUGGACAAUGUCAUUCAUGCGACGAUACUUAAAGGAAAGUUCGAAGGUGAGGAAGUUCUCAUUCCGAGAAUCCCGAUGAUCCCAACCGAUACACUAUUCGAGUUUAAACGAAUUCAAUUUCCGAUUCGUCUUGCAUUCGCCAUGACGAUCAACGAAUCACAAGGUCAAUCUUUGAGUGUUUGUGGCCCGAAUCCUGAAAAAGGCUGUUUCUCUCACGGUCAACUUUACGUGGCAUGUUCACGUGUCGGAAAAUCAUCCGCUUUGUUCGUUUUCGCACCUGACAACAAAACGAAAAAUGUCGUGUAUAAUAAUGUGCUUAAAUAA